UGCUGUUGACAUGAGGCCCAAAGGGCUCAAAGGUGUCCUGCUGUUCGCCUUCGUGGCUUCCAGUCUCUUGUACCUGGCCACCAUUUGGAGGGAUGUGCAAAGCCACUCGGACAGGCUACACAGAGUCAUCUACAACGACUCCGUCCAGGGGCGGGGGAUAUUCGAGAGGUUGGAAAAGAUGGAAACUAAGAUCGAGAGGAUGCUCAAAGCGGUAAACAAGCUGCAGCCAGCUACAGUGUUGUCGAAAGCUGAGAACAAGGCAGAAAAGGAGGACAAGAAGGAGAAUAAGAUGGUGGUGAGGAAGCUGUUCCCCAACUCGGCCCUGUUCAAGAAGUGGGGCGAGGGUUUGAGCGAGGAGGAGCAGAAGGAAGCCGAGGACUUGUUCGCAAAGUAUGGCUAUAACGCCUUCCUCAGCGACAGGCUGCCGCUCAACAGGGAGAUUCCCGACACGCGGCACCCCAGAUGCAUACAGAAAAAGUAUCCUGCUGAUCUCCCCAGCCUGAGCGUGGUGUUGAUUUACCUGAAUGAAGCACUUUCCAUUAUCAAACGGGCUAUCCGCAGCAUCAUAGACAAGACCCCCGCCAGCCUGCUCAGAGAGAUAAUACUGGUGGAUGACCACAGCACAAACGAGGACCUGAAGGAGAAGCUGGACGACUACAUUGGGGUCAUCCACGAGGAGCGGGCGGGUCUGCUGAAGCGGGUGGUGCACAAGGAGCAGCUCGGCCUCACCCAGGCCAGACUGUCCGGAUGGAAGAUAGCCACCGGUGACGUGGUGGCCAUCUUGGACGCCCAUAUUGAAGUCCACGUGCAGUGGGCAGAGCCGCUGCUGGCACGCAUCAAGGAGGACCGCACGGUUAUCUUGACGCCCGUCUUCGAUCGGGUCAAUUAUGACGACUUGACAGUGACCCACUAUGUACCGGCGGCUGACGCCUUUGACUGGGCUCUCUGGUGCAUGUACGAGUCCUUCAGGCCCGAGUGGUACGAGCUCAAGGACGAGUCGCUGCCUGCCAAGAGCCCGUCCAUCAUGGGGAUAUUUGUGGCCGACCGCAAGUUCUUUGGCGAGAUCGGGAGCCUGGAUGGAGGAAUGAAAAUAUAUGGCGGGGAGAAUGUGGAGUUGGGCAUCCGGGUGUGGCUGUGCGGCGGCAGCGUGGAGGUCAUCCCCUGCUCCAAGAUUGCCCACAUCGAGCGCGCCAGCAAGCCCUACCUGCCCGACCUCAGCAUCACCAUGAAGCGAAAUGCACUGCGUGUGGCCGAGGUGUGGAUGGAUGAGUACAAGUACAACGUCAACAUCGCCUGGAACCUUCCCUUGCAGAAUCAUGGCGUGGACAUGGGCGACGUGUCAGAACGGAAGGCGCUUAGGGAACGGCUCAAGUGCAAGCCCUUCAAGUGGUACCUGGAUAAUGUUUACCCCAUGCUGGAUCCUCUUAAAGACCUAGUGGCCUACGGAGCGUUAAUAAACCAGUUGAAGCCGGAUCUGUGCAUCGACCAGGGUCCAGUUCCGGGUAGCACACCCAUCCUCUACUCGUGCCACUACUUUGCCCCACAGCGCUGCUACUACCGCACUAACGGGCAGCUCUAUGUGGGUGGCAUCAAAUCCCACACGUACAACAGCAACCGCUGCCUGGUGGACCCCGGCAGUGGCGUCUACCCAGCCCUCUACGAGUGCAAGACAGCCAAGCAGAAGAAGUUCAACAUGUUUUGGGACUUCAAGCAGGGGUCAUCGAUCCUGAACCGCGACACAAAGCGAUGUUUGGAGAUCGCCCAGGGUGAAGACAGCUACUAUCAGCUCAUUGUGCAGCACUGCACUGGUCAGAUCUGGAACAUUCAGAAUUACAUCACAGAGAGAGAGGCUCGAGUGUAACGAGGCAGCCGUACAACCAGCAAACCAGUUCGGUGGGCCUUUAUUUAAUUCGCACUACAGCCCCAUAAUGUGAGAUAUGUUGCACAAGAUGAGUCACAUGGCUCACGGACAAGUACAGAUGGGCAAAAAGAUUCCUCCAAAAACUCAUUUGUGCAGCAGCUUGUUCAGGCAGCAAACCUGUUGUGUCUGAAUCAAAUUGAAGAUUUAGCCACCAGCUACCUGUCUUCCUCACGCUUCUCCAUGUGCGACUCCUUCCCCACUGUCUGAGAAUCCCUUUGGCUAAGGAAGCCUUGGCUGAGCCCCAAGGAAGAUGAAGUAGGACAAAGGCGGCCAGCUUGCAAUCGCAGGGAAAUGCAGCUGUCUGCUUAGGCCAAAUCCAUGUUGGGAUGAUGACCACUUGUUUUUUUUUUUGUACCACUUUGUAACUGGGUUCUGAAUGAAGAAAUACUGCCGCAAGUGAAUCUCUUUUACAUAAUUUUUAUUUUAUUUUAUAUUACAAAAAAAAAAAAAAGGGUUGAGCUCAAAAGUCCAGAUUCCACUCGACUCCGGUUCUCAUGGUAGGCGGAGUAAAGAUCUCGAUAUCUGGAUGGAGACAAGAUUCAAAGAAUGUUUUGAAGGAUAUUCAUUUCAUGACAAAAAUAAAAGCGUGAAAGACCAAAGACCCCCAAAAAUGUUUCUUUAAUGUAAUGUGUAUAAACCAAUUAAGUUUGAUGUUUAGAAA